AUGGACUCAGAUUCAGACUCCCAUUCCAACUCUUCAGAAGAGUCAUCUAGCCCUUCUCAUGCUCUUCCCCAUAUUCCCCCUAUUGAGGCCAUUUGGGAAUUUAUCAAUGAUCCAAUUGAAGAAAAGAUUGCAGCACAGAUUGCAGCUCAAAUAGAAAAGCAAGAGAGAGGUGAAUCGAGUCAACAUCAAAGGCUUUCUCGAAGGUACAUUGUGAGAGAUUGUGAAGCUGGUCAGAAUCGGUUGAUUAGAGACUACUUCUCCACCAAUCCAGUGUAUACUGAUGAGCAGUUUAGGCGGAGGUACCAAAUGAGACGCCAUCUGUUCCUUCAAACUGUGCAAGCGCUCAGUGAGUGGUCACCUUACUUUCAGCAAAGAAGUGAUGCUACUGGUCCCAUGCGGAUGUUAGACCUACAGGGAGCGGGUACGGAGCGCAGCCAGAAGCUGAAUGAGGAUAGCAAAUUUCUUUGCCCGCGAAGAACUAUCCUCUGGGUUCGUGGAUAG